UAUACUGUUUAAUUAUCUAAUGUCAGUUUUCGAUUGGCUGACCAAGUCGACCGUGCUAAGAAAAAAUAUAAAUUUAUUUUUGCGGUCGUUUCGCCGUUGGUGCCUUAGUUUUGAUAGCGUUUUAGAAACAAUGAGAUAAAUCAUUACUGAGUUUGAGUGCUUAGAGUGAAAUAAGUGCUGCGUAGUGGUUUUUUAAUCAUUUUUUAAUAGAAAUUAAAAUGUCUACAGCUAAACAAGUGAACGGUAAUACUACUAAUACAAGUAGUCCGAACAACAACGGAUCUCUGGGAAAGCGGAAAAAAUCUCGAGGAAGCAAAACAUCGUACCUUUCUAAAUGGUUAGACAAGACUAUGCAUCAAAUUCAGGAUGCCACACCAAGCAUAGAAACAUAUGAUACGUUUGUAAAUCCUGUUGUUAACUGGCCGGUCGGAUCUCAGUUCGCGCCAGCCUACGAUCCGUAUAGACAUAUUUAUGGAUGCCCCGAUCCUAUGUCUCUACCCACAUACACGUCCUACAACCCUAUGCCGCCGUUCGGCUCUGAAUAUCGUUACGCGCAUAACAUGAACAAAAGUGUCAAUGUUCAAAGGGCUCGAUUAAGGCUUAGGCCCGAGAGCAGACCAGAAGAAACCAACGGAUCUAGCAUUCAUAGUCACCAGGGAUAUUUUCAACCAAAGAAUAUGUCGGACAGCCAGGACUUUGCGAGUUUGCCACCAAUAGUGACGACAGUCGGCGACACGGUCUCAACCAGCGAUGUAAACACGAACGAAAAAGAUGAUGGAAACAGGAGAUUUAGUGAUCCUUGUGUCCGAGGACUACCUGAUGUGGCGCAACCAGCUAAUGGGGAUGCUGACUCAGAUUCAGGAGAUUCAAGUCUUGCAAGCAGUGAAAUUGGUGGCCGACUGGUAUCGUGUCUUUUGGAUCAAAUAGCUUCAUUAAAAUUGGCCAAUGAAAGACUGACAAAAGAUCUAAUGGAGGCAAGAGCCGAGUUAGAAAACUAUCGGCCUCACAAUGUUAUGCUCCAGAAGGGAUCGAGCUCAAGUAUCGGUGCAACGCCACCAAGCCAUUCGCUCAAUGAUAACGGUGCAAUGCCCGGUCAGUAUUCUCCGGGGUUCCUCACGGAUUUGGUGCGGGAGAUCAGAGACGCGUCACGGAUGCGCGAAGACGCACUCUACUCGAGGGUCCGAACGAUGAUGCUCGAAAGGAAUGACAACGUUGUAUCGUCUUCCGAAACGAAAUACAUUGAAAAAGCUCUCGACGAGAUCAAGAGCUCAAUGCGCGCCUCCGAAGCUGACCGACAUCGUAUGAUGGACCGUAUCAUCAAACUUGAAGACGAGAUGAGACUCCUACGUAUUACCAACGGGUCAGAUCGCAGCGAGAAACUAACGAACGGAAACAUUGAAGAUGCAGAAACGGAAUGCAUACGACUACGCAAAGAGAUUGCGGAGAUGCGCAAAGCGAAGCAGAACUCUGACGAGCACGCCUUCAAGUCUUUUUAACGAUCAAAUUUUUAAAUUUCUGAUUAGAAUAAUAUGACUGUCGGGUUUUUGAUUAGCGUGUCCUAGUUUUUAGUUUAGUUUCAAAUGCUUUUACUAACUACUAAUUCAAACUUUCCUUUUUCUGUGGCAUGGGGUUGUGUUUUUUUUUUUGUUAGUAUAUAUGUUGCUGUGACUGCUGUUUUAGUUUAAAAAUAAAUUUUAAGUGUUUAUUUCUAACAUUGAAAAAAAUUGACAUUAUUGACAUUUGGAUCAUGCCGAAAACGGAAAUAAGUAGUUUUACGGUUUUUAUUUUUUUUUGGGAUCAUAAACACUUGAAAUUUAUAAAAAUCGACUACCCGAUUAUAAAAAAAUAAGAGCGUAUAUUUUUUUUUAAAAUUAAGAUCGUCUGAAGAGUCCUUGACAAAAUCGAUUUUCAGACUCGAACGUCUAGUGACGCAACUGCGUUCGAAGUUCAACGGUCUUCAGCAAACGAACGGUCCGGAUUCGUUGCCGAGCGAACCCGAACACGAGCCGAACGCUCGCACGAGGCGAACGAGCCUCAACUCGACCGUUGUGUUCGGACCGGUGACCGACUUGUAGCGAACGAUCGGACCGACGUUGUGCGUUCUAGCGCACGACCUCAUCUGGUCGAUACUGUAUAAAAGGGGUGGCCAACUUGAUUAGAACUUGACAAGACCUACUAACGAUACACACUGCGAUCUACCAAUGACCUAUCUUGAAAUUUAAUGAAACAAUGUAGUUCAGUAUACAAAUAAGUAGCAUAUUUUAUUUUAUUAAAAAAAUAUUAAAAUAAACCUGAAAUUAUAUAAUAAAAGAAAACUAUUGUGUGGAAGAGAGGAUGAAUAAUGUGACGUAAUGGUCAUUAACAAAUGAUAGAAGAUGAAGAUGAUGAGCGCAGUAGUGUUGGUAAUUACGUUGCGCAGUCUGUUCUAUGUAUUUAUAUUUUUCGGUCUUGCCACGAUCGACCGGUCGAUCGCGAUCAAUCGGUUGGCCACCACUGCGGUAUAACGUUAAUGAAAGACUGUAAUUUUGGACAAUACUCCGAAAAGUGGUCGCCUUUCGACUUGUAUAUCGAACGUGGCGGCUUAGUCAACGAUCAAGUUGAUUUAGUGGUAGUAAACGAGGCUCGUGACGAACAAUGCGAUCUCUUUUAUAUUCGGCUCUAAAUUGUAAUAAAAUUAUACCUAUUAUUAUUUAAAAAAAGACUUUAAAUGAGGCCUAUAAAAUCAAAGGCAGCUAAACGCCAUAGUGUAGUAAAAUGGAUUAACUAUGGCGCCAUCUUGUUUAGUUAGUUGGACACGCUUUAGUAUUUUCAUGGUAUAACAAAUGCAGCUAAAUCUCUAGCAAAUUCAGUUCAAAAAUUUAAUUUUUACUCUGUACUCAAAUAUAAACGAAGUUUUAUCGUUUAAAAUUCAGAUUAUUAGUAAUAUUCGCAUUCUUUAUAAAUCUGCUUUAAAAUAAAGAAUAUCGUAGCUACCCGAACAAAGUUAUUUCAGUUUCUCAAACUGGGAAUGUUGCUAAAACUGGCCCUAGCAAAAGCGGUACUUCGAUGGAUCAGAAAGAUCCGUAAUGACGUAUUUAGGGCUGAUUUUUGUGGUUUACCUACCUCAAUAUUUGACAGAAUUGGAUUUAGCUGCCUUUGAUUUUAUAGGCCACAUAUCUCUUUCGGCUCUAAAUUGUAAUAAAAUUAUAACAAUUAUUAUUUUUUAAAAAAACUACAUAUAUUAACGAUAAUUUUCGACGACUUUCAGACGUGAAGUGGCUUAACUAAAAAUUUUAAGAAAAUUAGUUUUAUACUUUGAAAGACUCAUAAACGCGUAUUCUAUCAGGCUAUAAAAUUAAACAUUCUCUUUUAAUUUAGAAAAGGACAAACGUACACUUUCCGUCUUUUUUUAAAUCAAGCGCAUACUUUAAAGUAUUAAAAUCGAAAAUCUAAAAAAUUACGAUUCUUCAUUUAUAUUUUUUGCGUUUGUCAAAAAAACAAGAAUUUUGGAUUAGGCCACUUCAAUUCUGAUAGGUAGAAAGUUUUAGAAAAAAACUGUAGAAAAUAAAUAUGUAUAGAACCAAAAAUCAUACUAUAAAUCAGGUACAUAGGUUUUGAUGUACUUUUUAAAUGACAGUUUUUUUUUUUGUUCAUGACGCUACGCCUCGCCAAUUUUUUUCUGUAGUCAAAGAAUAAUGUAAUAUGUUAGAGAUAGUCUAGCUUUAAAUCGCUCGAAACAUAAUCUUUUACGGAAACUACUAUUUCACUUCAUUUUGAUAAUUUAUCCAUUAAAAAUUAUAAUUAUGAUCCGAUUUUAAAGUCAAACACUAUGCAAGUGAUAAAGAAACCAUCUUAAUUUUUUAACUAGUGUACGCAUGAGAAGCUAUUAAUAAUUUAAUCAGGUUCAAAUAACAAAUUUUGACUUUUAUAUUUACGUCAAAGUAGAAGAAUAAAAAUUAAAUGAUAUUAAAUAAUUAAUCUUAACACCGUUUAUUGAUAAUCGUAUUAAUGGAAAACCAAAAUUAAAUUAUAUAUGCAUAUAACUAUGUAUUUUAUUGUAAAUACGUACAAAAUUUUAUAGAAUGACACAAUUGAAUUUCAGUAAAAAUGUUUGUAUAGAAUUAGGUUAUCACACUUCACUAUGUACAUUUAAGAAUUAGGAAUUGAAUAAGUACAUAAAAGUGUUGAUUAAAAAAUAUAGUUAAGUAAAAUUAAUAAAAUAAUCAGUAAAACACAGUAGAAAUAACGUUUAGAACAAUUAAAGUGAAGCAUGUGAAAUAUCAAAAAUUAUGUAAGUAAUUUUUGAUGAUAUUCGGAUUUUUUAUUAGACGAAGUCAACUGACGUUUACUGUGUUGUCAGUUUUUGAUGAAAUAAAAAUAGUGUUGUGACAAAGUGAACGAUUGAAAAAACUCCUGAAUUAAUGAAAUUGCCUCGAUUGUCUAGUGAACAGUUGGUGUGCCGAAUUGCCGAUAUCGGGUACGGGGUUCGAAUUUUAGGCGUGCUUUGUAUAUACCAACGAGUUUUCGACGAAAUAUUAUGUUCCUAUAGUAUCUACCUGUACUGAAUACCGAGUGUUUUAAACAUUAAGAAAAACAUUGCCAGGAAGUACUUGUAAGACUGUCCUAUUUCCAAUACAACAUAUAGUUAAAAUUAUAGAUGUAUAAAAUAUAACAAUUAUAGGUAAGUAAUGAAAAUAAAAAAGCUGAUUGUAGUUACAUACUACUAGCAACAUAUAUUGGAGCACUUUAAUACAAAUUUAUUGUAAAAUAUAAAUAAUACUCUUUUAUAGUUUGAAAUUAAUGAUUAACUCUUCACACUCAUUGUUCAUUCGUGAUUGAACGAGAACUGAACGCAUCACUAUUACUUUAAAUAUAGCAACAUUAUUUCACAAAGUGACAUUAGCUAUUGUCAGCUAGCUUCGUCUAAUUAAAAAUCCGACUAUAUACUUUUUCACACGAAUUCUUUCAACACAUAUAUAGUUCAGAUUUAUUUCCUUUAUCAUAAUAGGAAUUUCAGAAUCACAGAAUAACUAAAAUCUUAUAGCAAAUAAUUUUUUUUUUUUGUUAAAUUAACAUUGUACUUAUUAUGUGUGCUCAUAAUGUAACGUGUGUGAUUUUUUUGUCUCAAAACUUUAUUUUAACAAAUACGUUCUUAAUAAUAAAUAAUUUAGGUGCUAGUUUUAGGUAUUGUUAUUUUAUCAUACCAUUGAAGGGUACUUGGAAAAAAGUAUUAUAUUACUUUUUCUGUUCCUCUUGAUAUUUAAUCUGCUCGUUAGACAAGGAUGUCAAUAGUGUAACUGUUCUGUUUUCGUUGAUAUGAUUAUAAAUUUAAACGUUAUCAAAAUUUUGUUUUAACCACAAAGAAAAGGUUACUCGAGAAAAAAUGGCGACACAAAUUCAGCUGACUAACUUUUAAACGUCGCUGGCGCAAUAGUGAGCGCCUCUGAUUUCUGGACCGAGAGCUUUAGGUUCGAUUCUCACAUUGGGACAACAUUUGCGAGUGUGAAUUUUUAAUAUUUAUACAUCUAUAUAUUAAAACGUAUACCUUAUUAAGUAUUACAGUUUCUGGCAACCGUGGUAGAGGGAAUCGCUAAUUUGAGGACGGAUUACCGUCUUUUAUUAGUUCCCAAUAAACUUUAAUAUGUAUAUCUCAAUUACGUAUAUUAUAUUCAAGCAUUUCAGUCUCAUUUUACUUACCAGAGAAAUAAAGUUUUUUUUUUUUUUCAAAAAUGUCAUGUAUCUUGAAGAUCAUCAUUAUAUCAUAACAAACUCGGUGAUUUAAAUAGAAUGAUGACACGGCAAACAGAAUAAAACGUGUUUAAUGUUUUCAUCGGAAAAUAUUUACAGGUAAAACACUAAAUAAUAAUUUUGGGCAAUUGUUGAUGUUAGCAAUUUUCGUCCAAUUGGCUUUUCACACUUUAGUAUCAAGGUCGUGGAUUUUAUUUAAACGUAUCGAUGUGGCGAUGUGGCAGAUUCUAUUGUCAAACGUAUUGCUUUGAGAAACUGGUAUUUUAGUAUAUUACAAGCGGCACGCUCCGGUUCCGCUCGGGUCUUUAACAAAAAAUUUCAACGAUAUUUGACGUUGUUUUAUUUAAAUUAAGGAACACUUAUUGUGGCAUAACUAUAAUGGUUAGAAAUAUGCUGUCGUGACACUUUUUGUAAAUAAUAAUGUGUUCUACAAAGUCGUAGUACUGUUAUUUUAUUCUAUCAUCAAUAGUUUUCGCAGGGCACGCGAUGUAAAGAAUAUUUUAGGUAACUUUUUUACACCUUGGGUUACAUUAUUAGAGGUUUAGUAAGGAUCUCUAAUUUUUUUCAAAAAAGAUUAUAGCCUAUGUCGCUCAGGAAUAGUGUAGCUUCCAAACAGUGAAAUAAUUUUUCAAAUCGGUUUAGUAGUUUCGGAGCCUAUUCAAUACAAACAAACAAAUGUUUCCUCUUUAUAAUAUUAGUAUAGAUUAAUUCAUCGAACAAAUUUUAAUGAUUAUUUUAUUUUGAAAUUCCAUCGUUGUGUUAUACUUUUAACUUUGAAUAUAACCUGUAAGCCUGUAUUUUCAAUAAUGUAUAUUUUAUGUCCGUAACCCAUUCGAAGAUUAGUAAUCUCAAAUUAGGUAUUUUAUUUAAAUUAAUCUUACGGUUAGGUACGUCAUAUUGUGAACAAAUUGAAGUGAGGUCAAUGUCGAUUUAGAAUUAAACACAACAAUAAUAAUAAUUAUUAUUAUUUAUGUUAUGAAACUUCAAUUUCAACUUUAGACUUGGUCAAACUUAAUUAUCCAUUACGCCUAGCAAACCUGCUUCAGUACGUAUAGAGGUAUUACGAGUAAGUAAUGAUUUUUCUAUACAUAAAUUAUAUGUAGAGAUUAAUCGAUGUGUUACAGUUAAAACAUAUUUUGACUUAUAAAAGCUAGUUUUUUUAAUUCAUUCAGUGCAGUUAAACUUUUUUUUUUAAAUAAUUUUAACUAAGAAUAAGGCUUUGACCAGAGGAGAGACAUCUGAAAUAGCGAUUUAAUCUAAAUAUUACAAUUCCAUUCGGGAGAAAGUAUUUUUAUUUAAAAAUACUUACAUAUUGUUAUUUAUACAUUCUGUAAUUUCAAAUCAACGAUUGAUCGACAUUGAUACUUUAUUUAUAAAACAUUUUUUUUAUAAUUAAGCAUAAUUUUAAAUCAUAAUAUUGUGUUGUAAUUUUUUAAUUAUUAUUCUAACAAUUUUUGAGUUCGUAAAAUUAAUGAAUUUAAGUAAUUUGUGUGAUUUUAAGCUUAGAAUUUCGUUAUAGUUUUUUGUACGAUAAAGAUACAAUAUCUACGUGUUAUGAUAAACAAAUAAAUAAAUGAUAAUAGGUAAAUGAGAACGGUACUUUGUUGUCUAUCAUCCGUCCUUUUCACACGAAUCACUGAAUCGAUAAGUGUGAGAAGAGCGGAAGCGUGCUCAAAAUUUGUUUUCUGUUCCGAUAUUUUAGUGGUAUAUAAAUAUACGAAGUUAUUUUCAAUAACAUUUGCGAAUUAAAAAAAAAACGAACGAUUUUAUUAAUAAUGAGUGAUUAUUAUUUUUUAAUGUUUUAUUUUUUAUUAACAUGUGAUUUGAGUCUGUGUUUUUUUGUUGUGUGUUAAUUUGUUUUGUCGAAGCGCUUAUAUAAUAUUAUUUAUGUAUAACCGUGUGUUAUGUGUGCAUGUGUGGUUUCUCUGAUAUAGUACGUCGUGUUUGUUAAAUAUAUAGUAUAGUAGUAUAUAUUGUAUAUAUAUCGCACCUUUAGAAUUGAGGUGGCUUAAAUAAAAAAAUUAAGGAAAUGAGCUUUAUACAUUGAACGACUUAUACAUUUAAGAAAUUGAAUUAAAAAAUAAUUAAAUUUUAGUUAGAAGAGAACAAAGUACACUUUCCGUCUCUUUUAAAUCAAACAUAAAGUAUCAAAAUCAGAAGUGAAGAAUUACAAUUCUUCACUUACAUUUUUUGGCGUUUACCAGAAAAACAUGGAUUUUGGAUUAAGCCAUUUCAAUUCUAAAGGUAACGAUAUAUUCUGAGACCAUCUAAUAUUAAACAAUUAAUUAUUUCUGUUGUUUCGAGUUCACAUUUGUCGUGAUCCCGAGUGGCCAAUGAAAAAAAAUAAUCUUAAUACUCAACGCAAUCGUACUCACAACUUUACAUUAAGAUAAUAUUUGUUAACACAUAAUUUUAGUAAAAGUCGAUUAUGUCACAAUUUUUCUUUUUUCAAUAAUGCAACACUAAAAAUCCAAAGACAAUAAUACUAUACAGUGUGUUUUAAUUUACUUUUUUUUUUUGAAACGAACUUCCAAAUUAAGACGACGUUUGAAAAUAUCUGUAAAAAAAAAGGUUAAAUUUCAGUCAUAACUUUUUAUGUCAUGGUACAUGGAUGAUCGAAGUAGUUUGAGCAGGUAAGUAUGGAAUGGCUCAUCCCCUUAACUAACCACCGACAUUAUAAUAAUAUAUCGUAUAGACUGAUGUAAACUAACAUAUUUAAAAUUAUAGUUAUUAAGUUCAUACCAAAUCUAUGUUUUAAUGAUAGUUCUAAAUAAUGUAUAAUUUAUAUUAUGUAUAAUUUAUCCCGUCAGUGGAGUGCAUUGAAACAAAUUAAUAAAAAAAAAUUCUUUAGCACUAUCGAAAACUAAUUAAAAGUAUUUCAUUUUGUUCUAUAAAUUAUUUGAAUGAAUAUCAAAAUGUAUUUUCAUAGUAUACUGAUUAAAAGCGAAUAAAGAAAGAUAUGCAGACAUAUAUAUUGGUUAUCCACUCCGCUGAUCAGGUCUGCCGUGAAGCAUUCUUGGCUAUACGAAAUAAGUAAGAUUUCGCUAACAUGUUAUAACAAAGACACGAUUUUCGAACAGAUAUUGUAUGUAUCCACUGAUGUGUUAGUAACAUAACAUUUCAUUGCACACGUUGAGUUAAACUGACUAUCAAAUUUUAAUCAUAAAUUAUCAUGAUUAGGUGCUCGGUUUAGUAUUUAUUUGAUUUAGAAUUUCAAUCUUAAAAGAACAUAAUUUUUUUUUAUCAACUUUGAAAUAACAAUUACUGUUCGCAUAAAUAUUAUUUACGUUUUGUUAAACACUAAAAUCGGUGCCUUAAAUGUAACUAAUCCGCCCAUUAUAAUAAGAGCAUUGUAAUUAACAGAAUAACAGUUUUCUUUUAUAAACUAAAUAACAUCUUGUUUGGAAUCGAAGAAAUAAAACGUCUCGCGCCAAAAUUUGAUUUUUUUUCCAAAUUUGAAAUCAAAUCGAUCUAAUUCUGUUUGGGCGCGAAUCAGUUUAAUUUUAAUAAUAAAUGAAUUACCUUCGAUUUUCAAAAUGCUUGAAAACACGUUUUAAUGUUAAGUAAAUAUUUCAAACGACUCAAUGAUUUUAUAUAAAUUCAAUAAACAACUUGUAGAUAUUUUAAUAAAUAUUAACUUUGAAAUUACAAUUAUUUAUUUAUACCAUUGAGCUAUUAUGCAUAUAUGAAAGUUGUACGAGAGGCUAAUAAAGUAGUAUCAGUUCUAUAUAGGUAGUUCAUUUGGCUGUAUAAAUCCUACUUACCUUGUUGGUAACGCUUCAAGUUUUGAAUUAAUGAUAUGAAAAUAUAUUUGUCAUUUUAAUAUUAAGUCCUGUAUUUCAAAAUAAGCGUCUCGAUAUUGUGAAUGGUUCUAUUGGUUUUAAGAUGAGAUUAUAUUAUUUACUGCUAUUCGUAUUAAAAGCAGGUUGAAAUUAAAAUACACGUGUUUAAGUUUCAAUGAUGCGAACGUCGGGUUGAUUCAAAAAUCUUUAGGUUCACUUUUAUGAUAAUUCAAUGGAAGAGGAUCAAAAAAAAUUUGUACAAGCAGCAAUAUCAUAAUUAAUUUUCACUGGUCAUCUAAUCGAUCCAAGCUUUGAAAAAAAACUACGCUAUGUGGUUGGCAAUUAUUAUUUCUAUCUUUUUUCAAAUUCAAAAUUUUCCGUACCUACCCACAUUUUUUUGCGUUUCUGUUUCUCUAAGCAUAUUAGCUCAAUGUGUAGCCAGGUCUGUGUACAUUUUAUAUGUUUUCUCUCGUAUUUAAUGUUUCAGUAAGUUAUAUGCAAUAGUUGAACUUUGUAAAAUAACAGAAAUAUCAAUAAAUUAUUACUCAUU